AUGGGAGCAAGAUACGAUCUGAGGUCGCAAGACCCUGAACCUCUCGCUUAUGCCGCGCUGCCGGGCACGCAAUCCGGCUUUGUGCCAACCAACCCGACGCCAAUGAAGUCUGCCCUGGUUGGGCGGGAUGUGAUCGGAUGCCACCCGAGCCGCUGGAUAUACGAGCUGAUCAAUAAUAAUUUCACUGUCUGCGACCUCUUCCAGCGAGCCCGGAAUGCCAAUCUAGAUAGCCACUACAACUGGGAGCACCCUCACCAGCUAGUCAUCAAUGGAAACCAGUCCUACUCAACUGCGUCAUCCAAAGUUCUGUCCGCCAUCUGCCUGGACUGCCACUUCCACUUCAUGUUCCGGGUCGAGUGGGAACGCGAGCAGGAAGACUUCUCGUGCCAUCACAGCCAGAGCCAGUGGCCCCUCGGUGACACACAAUUUCCCUGGCAUCAUCUGGCUUGGGCCUGCUCAGAGGAUGAGAAGCGCAUCACACAGGAGCGGUCAAAGUACUAUCCACUGCUGGCUCGCGAGUUUUUCGUCUGCACCGCCGCGCCAUGCACGGUGCAGAUUACACUCGAGGUGUCCGAACCGCGGAUGCCUUCAUCCUGGGUGAAACUCCUGCUGGACCACGAGACAAUCCUUCAACAGCUCAAGGCUGCGAGGGAAGACGAGCCCGCGCGGUAUGAAAGUGCGACAGAUGACUGGAUCUAUCAGGCACCGUCAAACCUCAACACCUAUCUUAAAAACCUUCUGGAAGCCACACCUGAUUCGGCUAGGAGCAUAUCAAAGAGAAACAAGCGGUUUUAUGUAUUGUUCGGCCCACGUUGCUUCCACAUAUUCCGGGAGCUUGAGUUCAAGGAGGUGGUAGACAUGCAGGAUGGGGUCGACGAGGGUUCCUUCACGCCAACAGCUCCGCCACCAGCCGAAGGCCCGUCGAAGAGCACGGAAAUUAACACCUAUCGCGCCUAUCUCGAAGACGUGCGUUCCGAAGUGCAGAAUCUCAUCUUCAAGUCUGGCCACACGGCAGAAAGCCCUACAUUCUGCAUCGCCGCCCUGCAUAAUCAUUUGGGCUGUGCGGAAGUCCCUCGUGUCAGCGAGAAUGCGCUGGUGAAUCUGGAGCGGUACAAGCUCAUGGGAGUCUUACCGACCCAGUCCAUAGAGAUUGUGGUGAAUGCCUAUAAGAGACAAUGGGAUCUGCUCCCCUCUCGGCGAAGAGAUCUGGUCGAAGCAUUAAUGGCCAUUGCGAAUGAUACAAACGACGAUCUCUUAUCCGACUAUGCCAUCACCCAGUCGUCCGUCUUUGAGAGCCAGCUCCAGAGGCACAGCGGAGACGACGAUGACGGGCUUGUCGCUCAGGCACUGGAGUACUUUUCGCUGAGCCCGCCAAACACCCACAGCGCAGACGCCAUACUUCAGGCAUUUAGGGAGAAGAUAGCGCGAGACCCCUUUGAUGCGAGCACCGCCAGGAGCAUGCUCCUUUUAAUUGCCAGGUCUUCGAAGGAUGAUUCCUACCAGAUGAAACUUGUCUUGGAAGCUGACUCCAAAAUGACACUGGAGACUUGCAAGGUAGUCCUUGGCUUAAAGACCCUAGAUGGACCCUGGGAAGACAUGGUUCGCGCCACCAAAGAGUUGCUAAACAACGCCUCCUCGAGCGAAGCCAAGGCUACAUAUCUCGACGCUUUGGACUCCAUUGCCGAGCACACAGCUUCACCGUCACUCAAGCAGGCGGUAUUGGAACUUCGCAAUGAAUUUAACCUCGGCAUUUCUGGGUCCGACGGUACCGUCUCUAGCGAUCCCAGGGCGACCAACUUGGACCUUCCCGUAGGGCUGCACAACAUCGGCAACACUUGCUACUUGAACAGUCUACUCCAGUAUCUCUUUACCGUGAAACCUAUCCGAGACAUUGUCUUCAACUAUGACAGCUUGCGGCUAGGUUUGGACGAUGAGAGCAUACGAGAACGCCGGCUCGGUGGCAACAAGAUGCAAAUGGACCGCGGAGAAGCCGUUGUCGCGCAAGCCUUUGCCGAAGAAAUGGCUACUCUGUUUGAGACUCUUCGUACUUCUGACCGAACCGCUACCCGGCCGUCUCAGAGACUGGCAAACGCAGUUCUGCUGUCAACACAUACGCUACUGUCCAGUCCCAAACAGCCUUCGGAGACGCCCACUGCUCCCAAUCCUCCGCCGUUGCCUGCGCGUCCAUCCCCUGCUCCCCCAACGAAUAGCUACGAUGAUGUCAACAUGGUCAACGUCUCCGUUCAGGCUGUCUCGGACUCACUUGAGACUCAAAGUAGCUCUAGCACGCAGACUCUGGUCAACCAGGAUGAUGCACGGUCUGAUCACUCCUAUGAGAAAGUGGAGACUAUCGUAGAAGAAGCAAGCCAGCCUGUCCAGGUCGCUACGGGAGGCUCGGGCGAUGAUAUCUCGAUGGUGGAAGCACCGCUGGACGACAAGAAACCAACUGUACUUAUGGAUCUGGACGAGUCCAAGGACACGCCCAUCAGCGCAGGGCAAGUUAAUCACGAUGUCGACAUGACUGAUGCGGAGAAGCCUGAGACGGUGGACCAGAAAGUCCUCAACGCGCUUGAACAUCAGAAGAGGUCUUCGGGAACUGACCAGCAGGAUGUUGAGGAAGUCAUGGGAAGCAUUCUCAAUCGUCUCCAAGCAGCAAUUCGCCCAACAUCGGUUGAUCCCGAAACGGGCAUUCAGCUGGAGAAGAUCAUGGAGACUUUCUUUGUGACUACGGUCAACUACACCAAGAAAUUCGACGAACAGGAGUAUCAACAUGAGAUUAGCUUUGAUCGGUCCAUCACGGCGUUCCCAGCCACCGAAGGCCCUUGCUCACUGUACGACGCCCUGGGAAGGAAUUUCGACCAGCAGAUUUUGGAAGACAGCAAACUUUCGCGAUACACUGCCAUCAAGACACUGCCGCCUGUGCUUCACAUUCUGAUACAGCGCUCGCAGUCCAUGGGCAACAAGAAUGGCAACCCGGUUGUGAUCCCCGAAACACUGUACCUGGACCGUUUCAUGGACGCCCCUCACGAUUCGCCCAUCUUCCGCCAAAGGGUGCAGGACUGGAUAACAGCGGAACGGAUUGGUGACCUGAAGUCUCAACGAUCCAAAGUCGUGACCAACCCUAGAUACAUGACAUUCCUCCAGACGUACGAGAGCGGGGAUGGAACGACGGAGGAUCCGACGAAUGAAGCCCCGAUGGGAGCUGAGGAGCCGCCGAAGCAAGAAGAGCCUUUGGAGAACUGGGACUUUGAUGGGCCUGUAGAAGAUGACUUUUUGCUCGUCACAGCAGAAAACACCAAGAAAGCGGCUGCGUCCGGAGAAUCAGUCACCAAGUUGGAAAAUAUCCAGAAAACGCACGCCACAGUGCUCGAAAUGAUGGAAAAGGAACUGAGCGAGCGGCAAGAGACGCUAGAGAAAAGCCUGAACAGCCAGAAGCAAAUUGCGUACCGGCUUCACGCCGUCAUUUGCCAUCGCGGCCACUUAAUGUCGGGUCACUACUGGGUCUGGAUCCACGACUUCGAGGCCAAUGUUUGGAGGUGGUACAACGAUGCGGACGUGAAGGAGAAUAAAGACACGGCAGAGGUGCUGCGGACUUUAAGCACGAGCGGGGAGCCGUAUUACCUUUGCUAUGUUCGCGACGAAGACAAGGAACAAUACGUCAGUAUUCCCAAGAGGGAAGUUCCCAAGGAGAAAGCAGCAGACAAGCAACAAGACGGGGAAGACGGGAGCAAAGUGGAGGAGGAAGCGCCAGCCAAUGAAGCUGAGGCGACGGCGCCGUUGGCGGUAGCGGACAAGGACGGUGACGUUGAAGUCAGCGAUGCAAGGCCUGAAGAUGGCCCAGAAGUCGUUCCGGCAGUGGACGCAGUACCCGAAGAGCCGCGCGAAGAGUCUUAG